UUUUUGGAAAAUUUUCUCUUAUCUGAAGCCAUGGGAGGAAUCUCGGGCUUUCUUAUGAAGUUUCCCACUUUGCUCCACUCUUUGCUUUCUCUCCUUGAAAGAAUCACUGUGAAAUUGCCUAUGCCAAUUGAGAAAUUGGUUCAUCGUGUUUCUUAUCCUCGCACCGGCAGGCACUUGCAGCGCUAUGAUAACAGAGGCUUUCGAUUAGUUGUUGGCUGCAUUCCGUACAGAUACAAGACACCGGAAGAAGCAAAUUCAAUUGAUGAUGCCAUUGAAGUUGUUGUAAUUAAUGCACAGAAUGGUAAAGGACUGUUAUUCCCCAAAGGCGGUUGGGAGAAGGAUGAAUCCAUGGAAGAAGCAGCCAUUAGAGAGACGAUCGAGGAAGCCGGUGUCCUCGGCGAGAUCGAAUGUAAAUUGGGUAAAUGGUCUUACAAGAGCAAAAGGCAGAGUAUAUUCCAUGAAGGCCACAUGUUUCCUUUGCUUGUCAAGCAAGAGUUAGAUCAAUGGCCCGAGAAAAAUAUCAGAAAACGGGAAUGGGUGUCGGUGUCGAAAGCUAGAGAGGAAUGUCCUCAUUUGUGGAUGAAAGAAGCCUUGGAAGAGUUGGUUUGCCGUCAGCGGCAGCCGAAGGAGGGAGGUAAGUGAAUCAGCUUGCAAGUAGCAACAAUGGAGUUAGUUGUUUGACUUUAUGAGAUUAGGA